AUGCUAUUAGUUAUUAGAAUUUUGCAUAUUCAAUCCAACAAAGAAAUGCCUCUUAUUUAUUUUAGUAUAUUAGCUUUCAUUAUUGGACGACUGAAGUAUCCCCAAUGUGAGAUACUGUGUAGUAAAGCACUGAAUAGAAAAGUCACAAACCUUGAUGUAGGUUCUUUCCUUGUCUCCAUUAUUGUCAAUUGCUUUUCUCCACUUUGA